AGUGGCAGCGGUUUGCCUCUCCCUUUCAUGCGCGCAAGGCCUGCGUGGCCCUUGCGAUAGCCCGUUAUACGGCAGCGAAGUGUCACAGGUGCCCCCGGUGGGUGUAUUGCACGUUUCCCGCUCCAGCAAGAAGCGCAAGAUUCCCCUGGGGGCGGACGGCGACGUCACUUGUCUCGGUUCUCGGUUCGCGGAAUAAAAUUCGAUCAGCCGUACCUCGCCCCCUUCUCCCCGCUGUCGGCCGCCGGCACGCUGUUUAAAUAGACAGGUAAUUAAUGAGGCACGGCGCGAGCAGCUACGGCGGCCCCGCUCCAGAUGCAACCGUUCGAGAUCCUACACAAGAUGACGGACUCCAAGUAUUUUACUACGACGAAGAAAGGGGAGUUAUUUGAGCUCAAGUCGGACUUAAAUAAUGAGAAGAAAGAAAAAAAGAAGGAAGCUGUAAAAAAGGUCAUUGCUUCCAUGACAGUAGGAAAAGAUGUGUCUACACUGUUUCCUGACGUAGUGAACUGCAUGCAGACCGACAAUCUGGAACUGAAAAAGCUGGUGUACUUGUACCUAAUGAACUACGCCAAGAGCCAACCGGACAUGGCCAUCAUGGCAGUCAACACAUUCGUCAAGGAGCUAGCGACAUCUCCGAUGACAAAGGACUGCGAGGAUCCAAAUCCGCUGAUUCGCGCAUUGGCAGUUCGUACGAUGGGCUGUAUACGCGUUGACAAGAUAACCGAGUAUCUGUGUGAGCCGCUGCGCAAGUGCCUGAAGGACGAGGACCCGUAUGUGCGCAAGACCGCAGCCGUGUGCGUCGCCAAACUUUAUGACAUUAACGCGGCCUUAGUCGAGGACCAGGGAUUUCUGGAUCAGUUGAAGGAUCUCCUGUCCGACAGCAAUCCAAUGGUUGUCGCGAAUGCGGUAGCUGCUCUGUCUGAGAUCAACGAGGCCAGUCCGAGCGGUCAACCGUUGGUAGAAAUGAACGCGCAAACCAUAAACAAGUUAUUGACGGCGCUCAACGAGUGUACAGAAUGGGGCCAAGUCUUCAUCCUAGAUUCACUGGCGAAUUAUUCGCCCAAAGACGAUCGUGAGGCGCAAAGCAUCUGUGAACGGAUCACUCCACGUUUGGCGCAUGCUAACGCCGCAGUCGUGCUUUCUGCCAUCAAAGUAUUAAUGAAAUUAAUGGAGAUGCUACAAUCAGAGUCGGAUUUCGUCGGUACACUUACAAAGAAAUUGGCACCUCCUCUCGUCACAUUAUUGAGCUCUGAACCGGAAGUUCAGUACGUGGCAUUGAGAAACAUCAAUCUUAUCGUGCAAAAACGACCAGACAUUUUGAAACACGAGAUGAAAGUAUUCUUCGUCAAGUACAACGAUCCCAUUUACGUAAAAUUGGAGAAGUUGGAUAUUAUGAUUCGUUUAGCAUCGCAAGCCAACAUCGCGCAAGUCCUAUCGGAGCUAAAAGAAUACGCCACUGAAGUUGAUGUAGAUUUUGUGAGGAAGGCUGUGCGGGCCAUCGGUCGCUGCGCCAUAAAAGUUGAGCCAUCCGCGGAACGUUGCGUCUCCACGUUACUAGAUCUAAUACAAACCAAGGUAAAUUACGUUGUUCAAGAAGCGAUUGUGGUAAUAAAAGAUAUCUUCCGGAAAUAUCCUAACAAGUACGAAAGCAUAAUUUCGACUCUGUGCGAGAAUCUGGAUACACUCGAUGAGCCUGAAGCGCGUGCGUCCAUGAUAUGGAUUAUCGGAGAAUACGCGGAGCGCAUUGAUAAUGCCGACGAAUUGCUGGAGAGCUUCCUGGAAGGAUUCCACGAUGAGAAUACGCAGGUGCAGCUGCAGUUGCUCACCGCAAUUGUCAAACUGUUUCUGAAGAGGCCCACGGACACACAAGAGUUGGUUCAGCAAGUGCUCAGCCUGGCCACACAGGAUUCUGAUAAUCCCGAUCUACGAGAUCGCGGAUUCAUCUAUUGGCGACUGCUUAGCACUGAUCCGGCAGCAGCUAAGGAGGUAGUGCUCGCAGAAAAGCCACUGAUCUCCGAGGAAACGGAUCUGCUGGAACCAACCUUGUUGGAUGAAUUGAUUUGUCAUAUCUCGAGCCUGGCAUCCGUUUAUCACAAACCUCCCACGGCAUUUGUAGAAGGCAGAGCAGCUGGCGCUAGGAAGUCAUUGCCCGCUAGAAGCAACUCGAACGAGGACUCCAACCGCACAACUGCACAACCCCAUGCACAAGUCAUACCUGCUCAGGAUUCUCUGAUCGGUGACCUUCUCAGCAUGGACAUUGGUGGACCGACGAUGGUCACACCAGCACCUGCACCACAGUCCUCAGGAUUAGGAUUGGAUCUUCUAGGUGGUGGCAUCGACGGAAUCUUGAACAACGACAGCACGACUGCACCAGCCGUUUCCCAGACCACAACGGGUCUACUCGGCGAUAUAUUUGGCUUCAAUCAAGGUCCCACGUCUUACAUCUCUCCUAAAGUUAAUUGGCUACCUGCCGAAAAAGGCAAAGGCUUUGAUAUCUGGGGCACAUUUUCGAGAAAGAAUGGGCAAAUCAGUAUGGACAUGACCUUCACUAACAAGGCGAUGCAACCCAUGGGAGGAUUCGCAAUACAGCUCAACAAAAAUAGCUUUGGAUUAACGCCGGCAGCCCCGUUACAAGUGCCGGCUCCCCUAAGUCCUGGAUCGAGUAUAGAAGCGAACGUUAUACUGUCCACCGCGGGUGCGGUGCAACGUAUGGAUCCUUUGAACAACCUUCAAGUUGCUAUCAAAAACAACAUCGAUGUUUUCUACUUCGCAUGUCUCGUACCUAUGAACGUGUACUUUGCAGAAGAUGGACAGUUAGACAAGAGAGUGUUUCUUUCUACCUGGAAAGAUAUACCUGCACAAAAUGAGGUACAAUACACAUUAAAUGGAGUAAUGUUGACCGCGGAUCAAGUAGUGCAAAAAAUGCAACAGAAUAACGUCUUCACAAUUGCUAAAAGGAACGUAGAGGGGCAAGAUAUGCUUUAUCAGUCUCUCAAACUGACGAACAAUGUUUGGGUAUUGAACGAGUUAAAAAUUCAACCAGGCAAUCCCGAUGUCACGUUAUCUCUGAAAUCUCGGUCCGUAGAAGUCGCCUCUGGAGUAUUUCAAGCGUACAAUGCGAUUUUACAUUCUUAAGUUUUGUCCCCUUUUUUCGUCGAUUAGGAUAUUACUAUAAGAUGCAAAUUAUAAAAAACGUAAACGCGAGCAUGCGCAGCAACUCAUUUAUAGAAGCUAUCUAUGUACAUCCGCAUGAAACUCGAGAGUAUCUUGAAACACAGUACUACAGGAAUCUCUGUUACAGAUUGCCGAAUUUAUUAUAAAAAAUGGGCGUGUGUGGAAAUAAAGAUUUAUGAUCACGUCUA